AUGUCUGAAGCAAUGAGUAGCGUCAGACCGACUGAAAACAUCUCGCUCCCAUACCAUCCAAACAAGGCUGCCUCGGCCGUCAUCACUCCAGAGGCCCUCUGCGUACGCUGUCGCGGCAUCGACAUUGCAGGUGCAUUGGGGAGCUACCGCAAAGUCGCGAAGGGCAUGGGCUAUCAUGUCGUGGCAGAUCUAGGCAGCCUGGAUGGACUGAAACGAUCUGCUUGCCCUCUCUGUCAAUUCUUCGCUAGCAUGGCCCUGGGCGAGCAGACCGACCAGACCUGUGACUGUAUUUUAGAUCCUCAACUUCACACAUUUCCAGACAUCAAAACGCGCAAACUCCAGCUCCGAGCAGUGACUGCAGGGGAAGCCUAUCUCGGGCAGGAAGCCGCCAAGUCCGUCAGACAAGAUGUGUCAGGUUUCCAGGAUCAGGUCAUGCUCGGUGUUGGACCCGAGAUCGCCCAUGAUGAUGCGGGUAAGGGGACCUGUCAUCACUGCUGGUACAGGAUCGGCAUGAUUGCUCAGGAGCGGCUCGAUAGUUAUACUACUUCAACACACCCUAAGGCGCACAAUGGAAGCAAGAAACUCACCAAACCCUUGAGUCUGCAAACAAGGCAAAUCGUGCCGAACAAAAUACCGUAUGAUGUCCUCAAGGGGUGGCUGAAUCGGUGUCGAGGUAACCACGGGCAAGGUUGUCAACAUGUCCCCCUUGCUGAACCGCCUUGCGUCAAGCUGAUUGAUUGUGAAACACUCAAUAUCGUCCAAACCCCCCGGCCAUAUCAGUACGUCGCGUUGAGCUACAUCUGGGGCAGCACACAGGAACGUGGUCCCGGGCCAGUCAUCAAAGGUAGCGAUCCCCCGGUGUUGGCGAUGCCGGAUGAGAUGUCGUUAGUAGUCACCGACUCGAUCGAGGUCACUCGACAGCUUGGAUAUCAGUAUCUCUGGAUUGACAAGUACUGUAUAAACCAAGAAGACAAGGAAGAGAAAGCAGCCCAGAUGGCCAACAUGGAUCUAAUCUACGAAAAUAGCGUUGCCACCAUCGUCGCCGCGGGUGGGAGGGACUCUGCCUUUGGUCUCCCGGGGGUGACGACGAAAUCGAGAAUCCCCCAACCGAGGAUAACACUCCAGGGGAUCACACUAUGUUCGACACUCCCGAACCCCGUCUAUACAAUCCGCCGCUCCGGUUGGAUCACUCGUGGAUGGACAUUCCAGGAAGCCAUAUUCUCAAAGCGACGGCUGUAUUUCACCGAGCAUCAGGUCGUCUUUGAGUGCGACAAUUCUAUUUACAGUGAGGUGUUCAAUCAACCUUGGGACAUAAUGGUGCAGCAGUGGCAGCACGAAGAGAGCGUCUUCACCACCGCAAGCCUCCCAGACCACUCUUCCCGACUGCAGUCCCUUGUCAUUUGCGAGAAGAUCGAGGAAUAUAGUGGUCGCAAUUUGACCUUGGACUCUGACGCGCUGAACGCGUUCCUUUCCUUUUUCACACGAAUGGAGAGGCUUCAAAAGCCAGUGUAUCAAUUUUACGGACUACCUAUCCUUAAGCGGACCGCAAAGGACGACGAUGACGAUGACGAAGACGAAGAAGAAGAAGAUGAAGAUGAAGACGAAGAUGAAGAUGAAGACGAAGAUGAAGAUGAAGACGAAGAUGAAGAUGAAGACGAAGAUGAAGAAGAAGAAGAUGAAGAAGAAGAUGAAGAAGAUGAUGAUGAUGAUGAUGAUGAUGAUGAUGAUGACAAUAAAGAAGGAGCUGCAGGAGAAAACGAGGAGAAAAGUGUCACUCACAAAUUAGCAUAUACUAAGCCAGUGAACUACCUCGUGGAAGGACUCUGCUGGUAUCAUGAAUCCGUCUUACCAGACGAAAUGGCUGCAAUACGACGGCGUAAAAUAUUCCCGUCGUGGACGUGGUUGGGUUGGACUGGGAAACUCUCCUACACGAGGAACCAGGGCGUCCGCUUCGAAGAACUUGGUGAAGUUGAGAUCGAAGUUGAAGACAACGACGGCCGGCUCUGGCCUUGGGCUACUUGGGAGGAGGUGAUGGAAAUCCUGGUUCUGGGAAAGAAGAACCGACUGACUGGUCGACUGCGCGUCAAGGGGUGGUUGGAGCAAGUCAAGAUAAGCUACCUUGGCGAGGGCACCAGCCAUGACUUUUAUGUGAUGCGCAAGGGAGCACGCAGGGCAGCACGGCUGUACAUCUCUGGCGGGGAAAAGUAUGAAUACGACGAUCAAGAGCGUGUCAUUGGCUAUGGCACCGGCAGCGAGAUGAACGAGUUAUACGCGAAGUUGAUAGACAGCCGGGAGAGCGACUGGGAGCUCCUCUCGCUGGGCCCGAUGAUGAUGAUGUUGAAGGACGAAGGCAACGAACAGUAUAGCAGAUUGGGAAUGACAGGCCUGUCGGAAGGGUUUUCUGAUGAUGGACCAUCUUGCGAACCCAGGCGAAGAGGCCAAAAGGGUAAAAUGGAGGGUCGUGAAAAGCCGUCGCAGCCUCACUGUAAGUGGAUAGAGAUUUGGCUGAUAUGA